UCACCUUUAGGGGGGAAAGAGAAUAUAAGGACAAAUUCCGAAAUGUAAAGUAGACAGUUUCGUUUCUACUAGACACUUCGUUUCUAAGAAAUAUAUAAAUUAAUUGCUUAUUAGUCAAACAUGAAACUCCAAAUUGGUUUUCUUGUAACCCUACUUGUUUUGGCAUCUUUCAUUCAAGCGCAAAAUAUAUUACAUCUUUUGUCGGACAGACGUUACGUGGAAAGGCAAAUCAGUUGCAUUUUGAAUCGAGCACCAUGUGAUGUUGUAGGAAAAACAGUUAAGGGAUUGUUACCGGAAGCGUUGAACAACGAUUGCCGACGUUGCACACCUCGGCAAAUGGAGCAUGCACAGAUAUUGAUGGGGUUUAUGCGACAGAAUUAUCCGAACGAAUGGUAUUCGAUUGUGCAAUAUUACACGGCUAGGCGAUAUAUGCAUUAAAGAACUCAGUAGAAGAACUCUGUUCAACGAAGCAAAUCACGCAUAAAUGACUUACAGUUUGUGGAAUAAGCAAUUCACUGAUUUCAAUAUGAUUUAAUUAGAAUUAUCUGACGAGGUUUCGAAUAUUAACACAUUCAUGUCGGGACAUGUUCUUAUAUUUUUAACCUUAAAUUAUAAUAAUAACAAAUCAAUGUUUGUAAGAAUGAUGGAGUACAUUCUUUUGUUACAUAUUUAGAUUACUGACUUCUAAAUAAAACAAUUAUGAACCGUA